AUGGGCUUUCCUCCUAAGGUAUACCAGUUUCUAGUGGGCACAUUUGCCGCACUUGGAUCAUUUCUCUACGGGUACGACCUUACUAUUGUCGCCGAGGUGGUAUCUAGUGGCUCUUUUCUGAGCUACUUCAGCCCCACCACCACUGAGAUAGGUCUUGUUGCGUCCCUGCUCACGGCUGGCGCUUUUCUCGGCGCCGGCUUGGCAUACCCAUGCUCGGAUUACUUUGGCCGUCGAGCAACCAUAUUGGCCGGUGGAGUGAUCUUUUGCCUUGGUGGUGGCUUACAGACUGGUGCGCGGAACUAUGGUUACAUCUUAGGCGGUCGUUUCAUUGCGGGUGUUUCGAUCGGUGUGCUCACCAUGAUUGUUCCAAUCUAUCAGGCAGAACUAGUACACCCCAAUAUUAGAGGGUUGGUAACCGGACUGCAGCAGUUCAUGCUCGGCAUUGGUGGUGUCUGUGGAAGUUGGAUCAGCUAUGGCACUUAUAUCAGUUUUGUGGACAACCGCCAAUGGCGCAUCCCAUUGGGGAUUCAGAUCGUACCAGCUGCUCUUCUGUCUGGUCUAAUUUUCCUUUUUCCAGAAUCCCCUCGUUGGCUCAUCAGCCAGGGUCGGCUGGAGAGGGGUCUUCAGACCCUGGCGCGACUGCAUGCGAAUGGGAACACAUCCGACCCGUGGAUUCUCGCCGAGUUUGAGCAAAUCAAAACGCAAGUGGCCGCAGAGAAGGAACACAAUCAGGUCAAGUUUUAUCAGUGGAUCACUGAUAAGUCCAACUUCCGUCGUCUCCUGCUGGCUUGCGCUAUGCAAGCCGCCACCCAGAUGACAGGAGUGUCCGCUAUUCAAUACUACUCCGUCACUAUCUUUGAACAAAUUGGCAUUGAUGGAACUGACACCCUGCGCUACCAAGCUAUCAACUCGAUCAUUGGCCUUAUCGGUGAAUUCCUUCUCAUGAUGGUUGUCGAUAGAAUUGGCCGUCGCAAACUUGUGGUUGGCGGAAAUCUUGCUAUGUGUCUCACAUACGUUAUCAGCACAAUUCUUCUCGCCCAAUUCCCUCCCGAAGUGAAUAAUACAGGCGCACAUUGGGGCUUCAUUAUUAUGACAUGGGUUUAUAACUUCUGCUUUGCCAGUAUGGGAUCACUGUCUUGGAUGAUCCCUGCCGAGAUAUUCGAUACUGCUACUCGAGCGAAAGGUGUAGCGUUGGGCUGCAUGGUCUCAUUUGCCUUUAACACAAUGAUUGGCCAGGUGACACCGAUUGGAAUGGCAAACUCCGGCUGGAGGUUCUACAUUCUGUUCGUGGUCUGCAAUUUCACAAACGCCGUCUUCUUCUGGGCCAUUCUCCCGGAGACAAAGCAGUUACCUCUGGAAGAGAUGAAGAAACUGUUCACUGAGAGUCCCUGGUUCAUCGGCAACUCCACCAAAAGCGAGAAUCGAGUUACUGAGACUAGUAUUCUGGCGCAGCAGAUCGAAAGCAAAGGGCUAGAAGAUAAGACCGGUAUAACACAGCAUAAUGAAGUAACCGCUUGA